AUGCUCGCAAAUGUUGGUUGUUGUACUGAACUCAAUGAACGUCUCCUGACGGCGGUCCAUAAUUCCAAUUAUGAAGAGACUUUAUCCUGUCUGAUGCAAGGUGCCAGGGCCACAUUCAUAUCCUAUUCAUGUGGACGAACGGCAAUUGGUUCGGCGGCAUUAAUGGGUGAUACGGAAAUAUUACAAUUACUGAUACAAUCGUGUGAAGAACCAGAUUUGAUUUUUCAACCGGAAAAAUCCAAAUCCAAUGAAAUUGAAAUCGAUACCACUCCGGAAGGUAUGGACUGCUUGGAAUGGGAAGAUGAAUUUAAUGCCAGCAACAAUUCGGACAAUUCAAAUGAUGAGACUGUUGAAGAGUUUACAUCUCUGUAUUAUUAUUAUGCCAAAACAUUCGAACGAACUGGAGAUAUUGUUAGCAAUUUGGAAAAUUAUUUCUGUGAUCGUAAUAAUAGCAUGGGUAGUGCAACAGCGGCCACUACUGCCGGUGCUGGUGGUAGCAGCAAUGCCUCUGUCGGCAAUGGUAAUGCCAUACUGAUGGCCCAAGAUCCCCACACCUUGGAUCACAUGACAAUGGCACCGCUACAUUAUGCCGCGGUGGGUGGUGAUUGUGAAUGUGCUCGCAUCCUUUUGGAACAUGGUGCCAAGGUGGAUGUAACAACGGCCGUUGGCUAUACCCCGUUGCACAUCGGGGCCGAUAACUGUGAUAUAACACAGCUGUUAUUGGAAUUUGGUGCAAAUCCAAAUGCCAAAACAUUCAAUACAGCUGAAACCCCACUGCAUGCUGCUUUAAAAUAUCGCAAUUCAAAUGUGGCCAACCUGCUGCUGCAGACCAAUAAAAUCAAUAUCAAUGAGAUCGAUGAGCAUGAUAAGACACCGCUGAUGUAUGCCAUUGCCUAUGAUCAAUUCGACAUAGCCAUGGAGUUGAUAAGGAAGGGUGCCCGUGUCAAUUUACAAGAUAAAGAUGGGAAUACGGCCCUCUUUUAUGCGGUGCAAAAAAAUAACAUUCCGCUGGCCUCCUGUCUGUUGGAACGUGGGGCACGUCACAUUACCUCCCACUAUUUGUUGCAUCAUUGCAUCGAUUUUGAUAUGCCGGAAAUGUUACGUCUGCUGCUACGUUACGACGAAAAUUUGAAUAGUUUAAAAGUACGCAAUCCGGAUGGAUUUACAGCUAUACAAUUGGCAAUAAUCUAUAAAAAAUCGAAUAUGUUGGAAUAUAUGCUGCAGCUGGAUGCCUCAUCGCUGGCUAUGGAAAUUGAUAAUGAUUUGAUUUUGGCGGUGCAAUAUAUCGAUAAAUUGGAAGAGUUUAAGCUGAUAGCACGUAUAUUGUUUGCCCAUGUGAAUGGAUUGUCGUGGAUGACAUCGCCCUCGCCGUCUACAUCGUCGUCGUCAAUUGUUGUCUCAACCUCCAGUACAAAUUGUUAUGUUCCAUUUUGUCAUACACCGCUGUCGCGGGCAGUGACCCUAAAUAAAUUGCAUAUUGCCGAAUUUCUGUUAAAAGAAGGUGUGGGCAUACAGCAGAUAUGCUAUGAUCAUGUGGUUAAUAGUCUAAGGACAUUGAGGGCUCCGGGAGCUAAAGAAUUUUCCAAGUUUUUAGUAUUAAAUGGUUUUAAAUUCCCAUAUUACAAAUCAUCGAAACUAGCCCAUAAAUGGUCAUUGGAACGACAAGAGUUCGAAGAGGACCUUAAACGUUUAGCCACACAACCCCUAGAACUGAAUGUUCUAACUCGAAUACAAUUACGCAAGCAUUUAAUACAGACAUUUGCCAAUUCCACCGUUGAAAUGCAAAAUCAAUAUCGAGCAUCGAAAGAAAAGUCAUCGUUACAAAAAAUUAUUGAACAAUUGGAAAUUCCGAAAAGUUUACAGAAAUAUUUAAUCGAUUUUGAUGAUUGUACAUCUGUGAUGGCGUUGUAUAAUUAA